AUGAAAAAAUUAGAUGUUAUUGAACACAUAGAUUUAUCUUGGAACCAAAUUACUGGAAACAUUUCAAGCAUUAUUGGAGCUUUUGAAAGCCUAAGUUAUCUUGAUUUGUCAAGAAACUCAUUUCACGGAGAUAUUCCACAAUCUUUUGGAGACUUGAAAGGAUUAGAUGUGUUAAACCUCUCAUAUUAUAAUCUCUUUGGUAUAAUUCCUAAGUCUCUUGAAGCACUUCCAUAUCUCAAGUAUUUGAAUGUGUCUUUUAACAACCUAUCUGGAGAGAUACCAUAUGGUGGGCUUUUUACAAACGUCACAGCUAAAUCAUUUUUAGGAAACAUAGCGCUUUGUGGGAAUCCAAUUUUUGGAGUCCCACUUUGUCCAAGCCCAAGCUCCAAAGGAUCAAAGUUGAAACAGAGUCUGUUCAAAUAUUUUCUUCCUGGCAUUGCUUCAAUUAUACUUUGUCUAGCAUUGGUUUAUAUGUUGAGAAGACAUCGAGAAAGUAAAAUUCAGGUUCCAAGUUUAUUUAAUACAUUUUUUGUAUUGGAGCAUAGAAUGAUAUCAUAUAAAGAGAUUUGCCAAGUGACGAACAACUUUUGUGAAAGCAACUUACUUGGAGUUGGAGGUUAUGGUUCUGUGUACAAAGGGAUGUUGUUUGAUGGGACAACUGUUGCUAUUAAAGUUCUAAAUUUGCCAUUGUUGGGUGCUUUCAAAAGUUUCGAUGCAGAAUAUAAGGUCUUACGGACAAUCCGACAUAUGAAUCUUGUUAAGGUCAUCAGUACAUGCUCCAACCCCAAGUUUAGAGCUAUAGUACUGCAAUACAUUUUGAACGGUAGCCUUGAAAGGUGGUUAUACUCCUAUAAUUAUUGCUUGAAUCUUCUUCAAAGAGUAAACAUUUUGGUCGAUGUUGCAUUGGCUUUGGACUAUCUCCACCACAGUCUAUCAAAAUCUGUGGUGUACUGUGAUUUGAAGCCUACCAAUAUCCUGGUAGAUGAGGACAUGGUUGCACAUGUGGGAGACUUUGGCAUUGCAAAGAUUUUAGUUGAAAACAAGGAUGAUACACACACCAAAACUCUUGGUACACUUGGCUACAUUGUACCAGGUACAUGAAUUCAACUCUACUUAUUUUGUUGCUAAGAGGCUAUCUAAUAGUAGCUAAUAUCAAGAUCAACAAUAGUUGCUAGUUUUAAGAAUACCAAUAUACAAGUCAAUUUUUCAUAAUUCAAUUUUA